AUGGCACACAAUGCAGCUCAGGAGAGAUACAUUGGUUUUAUGAAUCCCAAGGUAGCAAUUGAUUAUCGCAUUGAGAAGUGGACUGAUGAGGAUCUUCAUCUUUAUAAGAAAAGGUUGACAUAUUCACUUAGAUGUAUCAAGUUCCUUUUGCAUCAAGGAUUGGCAUUUCAUGGACAUGAUGAAAAUGAAGAGUCUAGCAACAGAGGAAAUUUCAUUGAACUUUUGAAGUUUCUUGCAGGAAAUAGUGAUGAAGUGAACAAGUAUGUCUUGAAUAAUGCUCCAGCUGAUGAGUCUAGUGACAUAUCACAUAAAGAACAACUAGCUCUUUGUUUACGUUAUGUUGAUAAACUUGGAAGGCCUUGUGAACACUUUAUUGGAGUUGUUCAUGUAGAUGAUACUACCUCUUUGUCACUUAAGGAAGCUAUUGAGGGUUUACUUGUUAGUCAUGGAUUGACUAUGACUCAAAUUAGAGGUCAAGUUCUUGUUGCUGUUGCCAAGAGAAAUACUGAUUGUAAGAGCUUUUUUGAUCAAAGAAGGGAUCAAGAUAUUCUUAAUGCAAUCUCCCUUGUUAAUGUGGCAAAGAAUAAAAUGCAACAGUUAAGGUUUGAUGGUUGGGACCACUUCCUUGAGAGGGUCACUUCUUUUUGCAUUAAACAUGAUGUUGAAGUUCCUCCUAUGGAUGGUGAUUAUGUGCCAUAUGGAAAAUCAGCAAGUGGCAACAGCGAGUGUUGA